GUUCAACAUGAUGUGCGCUGGAAUUUCCAUUUUAAAGAAUAACAACAUGAAAGCCAAUCAACUCAUUAAUAUCGAACAGACAUUAAUGGCCUUUUACGGUCGAUGCUAGCAAUACACAAUGGUCAAUAUCAGUAUCUCCUCGGUAGCGUUAGUGCCAACAUGUUCCCGUUAUCGCAUAUUCCAUUGUUUUCGUUGUUGUCGAUGACGGUGAUUUUAUCUGCUAAAAUAUCGAUGGUGAAUUCGCACGGUUGCGAAUCCUUCGACAACGUGCGAUCUGAGGUGAUCGAGACCAACGACCGUCAGUCCAGCGAAAAACUCGACGGCUGCAUAGAGCGCAAGAAGCUGCACGAUAAAACCAUUGUAUCCGCUUAUUUCAGGAAUCAGAAGAUCCCGAAGCUAGGAAAAGAGUCUGUGAGGUACCUGGUGAAGCUGAAGACGAUUUCGUUUUGGGGUUGUAACGUAGAGACGGUGGAGGCGGGAGCUUUCAAAGGGGUGCCGCAGUUGAAGAAUGUGCAGAUUUCCUUCAGCAACCUCAAGAAGAUACGGAUGGGCGUGUUCAACCCAAUAGAAACACUCGAACUCCUCCGGAUCCACGACAACCGGAUCGACACCAUCGACGACCAAGCGUUCGCCAAUCUCACAUCGCUCAAAAAAAUCUACGCCGGCAACAACGCUCUAAGCUACUGGCACAGUAACUGGUUUCGCAACUCCACCAACCUGCAAACCAUGGAUUUCCACAACAACAAAAUCCGCACCCUGCCCAGGAGAGCUUUCGCGACUUUGCCCAAAUUGAAGCGCAUCAACCUCGACUGGAACGAAAUCUCCGCCAUCGAAUCGGAAGCCUUCCGAGGCCUGAAGAAGCUCCAGUACUUGGGCUUGGGGAACAACAGACUCACUGUCAUCCACGAGAGCGUUUUCCCUAGCAACAUCCAGAUCAGCACGCUGCUGAUCAACGCCAACUACCUCAACUACCUGUCCGGCGAGCUGCUGAACAAGGUGUCCGUCUUGGAGGUCUUCCUGGACUACAACCCCUGGAAAUGUCCCUGUUUGAAGGAGAUUUACGCGUGGAUUCACUCCACGAACGGCGCUUUGCGAGUGUACGAUGGGUGCGGUUCGAAUCACGUGCCGGUGUGUGCCAAUAGGAAGAGCUUGUUGCAGUGCUCGGAGAACGUGGACGAAGAGUUAAGCAGACGGUAUUUAGGGGUUUUCGCGAAUUUGACCAAACCUUUGGCGAGUGGUUGCGUAAGGACAGAUUAAUGGUUGAUUAAAUAUAGGGAAUGUUCUUUAGCCUUCUUUAUGUCUUCAUUGUAGGAUAGUUGGCGAGACUCUCAGUGUAGCUCUACCAAUCUCGCUCUUGGCUUUAGUAUUUCGAUUCUCAUCAAUUAUAUUGACAAAUGAAUUCACUACACCUCACGAUACGUCCCUAAUAGCACACAACGUCCUAGGGACGUCCCUAUUUGGUGCAAUUCACGUCCGAAUGUCCCGAACCAAAAAUAAGUGUCCUUAGGACGUCCCAUUCCGUACAUCUCAUGCAAUCUCCGAGCAAGGACGUCCACGGAAUCUCCCAGCUGGUACAUCAUUUCAAAUGUCCAAGAAAUAGCAUCCCUUAGACGUCCCACGUGGUACAUAUUGUAGAAUGUCCAUGCAAGCCUUGGCAUGUCCCUGAUGGGAUAUGAUUUGAAACGUUCCUUUAGGGACAUCCAUCGGAUGUCCCGAGUAGUA